AUGCAGAUCAAACUAGCCAGCGUGAACACGUCAAGCGACGCAAAGAAGGAAAGGGUAAACAUCCAUAGUCACAUCAAGGGGUUGGGCGUAAACACAAAUAUAUACCUGCACGAAAAUGACGUGAAUUUAACGGAUGAGAGGUAUUCGAUGUUCUUCGACAAUUCGUGUGGACUCAUUGGGCAAUUCAAAGCGAGGGAAGCAUCCUUAUUCCUUGUGGAUUUAAUAAAGCAAAAAAAGCUAGCUGGGAAGUGUAUCCUGUUAGCGGGUCCAAGUGGAAGCGGGAAGAGCGCCCUAGCAAUCGGGAUAAGCAGAGAAAUAAAUAAAAAAAUGCCCUUCGUGUUUUUAUCAGGUUCCGAAGUGUACAGUAACGAAAUAAAAAAAACGGAAGUCAUUUUAGAAGCCUUCCGAAAAAGCAUACACAUAAAAAUAAAGGAUGAAAAAUUGGUGUACGAAGGAGAGGUGGUAGACAUGGUGGUGGAAGAAAAUGAGUGCAUGUAUUCGCUAAAUAAAGCUAAACAGAUUAACGCCAUUAUUAUUACCCUAAAAACGGUCAAGGGUGCAAAGACGUUGAGAUUGGCCCCGAAAAUACAUGAACAAAUUGUUAGGGAAAAAAUAAAAAUUGGAGAUGUCAUUUAUAUCGAAACGAACACAGGACAUGUGAAAAGGUUAGGUAGAUGUAAUGUCUACUCGAAGGAGUACGACAUUGAGUUUGAUGAGUACGUAUCUCUACCUAAGGGGGAGGUUCACAAAAAGAAGGAAGUCGUACAACAAAUUUCCUUGCACGAUAUUGAUCUAGCUAAUGCGAACCCAACAGUAGGCGAAGAUCUAGCUUCCGUCUUGAACUCCUAUUUGAGACCUAAAAAGACAGAAAUUACGGAAAAGUUAAGAAUAGAAAUUAACAAAACAGUCAAUAAAUUUUUAGAAAUGGGACUAGCCGAAAUUAUACCGGGGGUUCUAUACAUAGACGAAGCACAUAUGUUAGACAUAGAAUGUUUCUCUUACCUAAAUAGGGCCAUAGAAUCGCCUCUAGCUCCAAUUGUUAUAAUGGCCACGAAUAGAGGUAUCUGUACAGUUAAGGGCACAGAUAAUAUUGAACCGCAUGGGAUUUCCGUGGACCUACUAGAUAGGCUUAUCAUCGUCAAAACGUUUCCAUACACACUGACAGAAAUUGUUCAAAUUUUAGCUCUACGGGCCAAGACGGAAAAGAUCAAUAUUAGUGAAGAGGGGAUGAAUUAUCUAGCCAAAAUUGGCAGCCAGUCCUCCCUCCGUUUUGCCAUGCUGCUGUUGGAGCCCUCUAGAAUUAUGGCCAGCAUUGAGGGAAAAACGGUUAUCGAUGUAAAGCACAUUGAGCAGGCCGACGCUCUGUUUAUGGAUGCCAAGACUUCUGCGCAUAGGGUGGCUGAGCAGUUCAACAAAUUCGUCAAUUGA